CUUAUAUAACCAUCAAUAUCUUUCAUCCGAAAAUACAUUCCUAAAAUUUUAAAUCGUUCCAAUAGCACACGCACAAAAAAAAACACAUUUCUCAUUCGUUGGAACACAAAUGGCAUCAUCUUUAAGCUUUUUCCACGUCUUUAAUAUCAUUAUAGCAAUCAUUAUGUCACACUUUGGUCAGCUUGACGCAAGAACAAGUCUUAACGUUUUGAAUUUCGGGGCAAGGCCAAAUGGCGUCAUAGACUCCACAAAAGCCUUUUCGGAUGCAUGGGACACCGCAUGUAGCUUGGAAGACUCAGUCAUGAUUUACGUGCCAAAAGGAAGGUAUUUGGUUAGUCGAGAGGUUCGGUUCGAAGGAGAAAGUUGCAGAAGCCGUGACCUAACCCUAAGGAUUGAUGGGACUUUAAUUGGUCCACAAGACUAUAGGUUGCUUGGGAAAGAAGAAAACUGGUUUAGUUUUAUUGGUGUUCACAAUGUUACUGUCAUUGGAGGUUCUUUUGAUGCUAAGGGAUCUACCUUGUGGAGUUGCAAAGCGAACGGUCAAAACUGCCCUGAAGGUGCAACGACACUUAGAUUCAUGGACUCGUACAACGUAAGGAUAAAAGGAGUAUUGUCAUUGAACAGCCAACUGUUCCAUAUAGCAAUAAACCGUUGCAGAAACAUAAAGAUUGAAGAUAUCCGAAUCAUAGCACCAGAUGAGAGUCCUAACACUGAUGGCAUUCACAUUCAGCUAUCGACUAACAUCGAGGUCCGAAAUGUUUCCAUCAAAACUGGAGACGAUUGUAUCUCAAUCGGACCCGGUACAAAGAACUUGAUGGUAGAUGGAGUCACUUGUGGUCCGGGACAUGGAAUCAGUAUUGGAAGCUUAGGGAAGGACCUAGAGGAGCAAGGCGUUGAAAACGUGACGGUGAAGAAGGCAGUGUUCGUACGGACGGACAAUGGGCUAAGGAUAAAGUCGUGGCCACGUCGUAGUAAAGGGUUUGUCGAGAGGGUUCGGUUCUUAGGGGCUCGUAUGGUCAACGUCUCGUACCCUAUCCUCAUUGACCAGAACUAUUGCCCUGGCAAUUCUUUUUGUCCGUCUCAGGAAUCGGGAAUCAAAAUAAACGAUGUAAUAUACAGUGGAAUCAUAGGUACAUCGGCCACAAAGAUUGCUAUAAAGAUGGAUUGCAGUGAGCGAUUCCCAUGCACGGGGAUUCGAAUGCAAGCGAUUAAUCUAACUUAUUACGGCGGUGAAGCAAAGACUUCUUGCAACAAUGUAUCUGAUUACAAAGAUAAACUUGUUGAAUCAAUUUACACUGUCAUGGCAAAUUCAAACAGACUCAUCGAUCUCAUGGCGAUUGAGCCUAUAGGCCCUAUACUCAUAGCGUCUAAGAACACAACAACAAUCAAAGCAUCCCCGAAACUAAGAACAGACUUUGUUACUUAUAAGUUAUCCAUCUUGAGUCUUCCCAUUGCAAACUAUUCACUCAAUUCCAAGGCUUCGCUCUCUGUCAGCUCUCUCUUCACACUAAUAUAUCCACGCCACCCUCCAAGUCAGCUUCUUGUCAUCAUCAAUACUUCCUGA